AUGACCACCACAAUCGGUAUCGCCGGCAUUUCUGGCAAAUUCGCUCGUCUUCUUGCGAAUGCACUCUUGACAUAUCCUGAAGCGAGAAUCAGGGGACUUUGCCGCUCACCGUCGAAAGUCCCCGCCUCUGUCUCAUCGUCACCCCAGGUCCAAGUUGUCCAGGGUGACGCGUUCGAUGCUGAUGCUCUUCACGCAUUCGUCAAAGGUUGUGACGUUGUGGUCUGCUGCUACCUCGGCGAUGACCGAGUGAUGAUCGAUGGACAGGAACUGCUCAUCAACGUCUGUGAGGAGGAGGGAGUCCCAAGAUACGUGGCUAGCGAUUGGGCACUAGACUACACAAAGCUCCAGCUGGGCGAGUUGUUCCCAAAGGACCCCAUGAUCCACGUAAAGGCGCACCUCGAUGCAAAAAAGAACAUCAAAGGCGUGCAUAUUCUCACUGGCGGCUUUUUGGAAGUGCUCUUCAGUCCGGUUUUCGGGGUUUGGGAUCCGCAGAAUACCACGUUCAGAUACUGGGGCACCGGAAAUGAAGUCUGGGAGGGGACCACGUACAAGAACUCGGCCGAAUAUACGGCUGCUGUGUGCCUUGAUUCGGCAGCGGUAGGCGUGCUACGAUUUCUCGGUGCCUGCUCGACAACUCACGAAAUUGCUGCCACUUAUGAAAAGGUUUACGGCAUAAAACCAAAGACCGAAUGUUUGGGUUCUUUGGAGGAGCUAUACGAGCAGAUGCAUCGCCUGCGGAAGAACGAACCGGAGAACGUAUACAGCUACAUGUUCAAAUUUUACACCUAUUACCUGCUUUCGGGCCGAGUAUCGGUCGGACCAAAUCUGGAUAACGACAAGUAUCCGCAAGUGAAGGUUGUGACUUUUGAAGACUUGUUCAAAAGUGUCCCCAGAGAAGAGCUGUCACAGUUGUUCGUCAAAGCUGGGCAGUAG